GGAGCCAUAGGGAGGGAGCCAUAUUGGGUCAUCUGCUGGCUGUGUUUUUAAUAAUUUCGCAGCACUGCACUGUUAACGUGGAUUCAGGACAACACUUGGACAAACGGGGUAAAUUACGAAACCAAAAUGUCUGCGGACGAUUUUCAGUCGAAGUAUGCCUCUGUCAUGGAGAGUAUGCUUAAGAGUGCUGUGGCAGAAACUACUAAACUUUUCGAAACUAUGGUCGACGAGCUGAAGGCAGAAAUAUCCAGAAUCAAGAAGGAGAACGAUGACCUCAAAAGAAGAUGUAGCUUAUUUGAAAACGCGAGAGGGCAAAAUACCAACGACCGCCAAGAGAGCGAGCCAGUUCCGAGACAACCUGACGACUCUGAGAAACGUGACACAGCUACUCAAUGUGAUCUUGUUCCUUCCCACACUAUGCUGGUGGAGCAGUGUGAGCCUUUGAGGCCCUCAUCAUGGCAAAACCAAGAGCAACAGUGUGAGAAUUCCGCAAUGCAGUACGUUUGGCAGGAGCACAACUAUGAGAGCCGUGGAAAGCGAAAUUCUCGGACAGGGCUUUUACUUGAGAAACAGGAGGCAACUGGUGACUCUUCCCAGCAGUCUAGUUUCAAGAAAGAGGAUGCUGAGCCCAUUGCAGCCCGUAGGCAAGCCUUCAGAAAAAGUACCGGUUCAUCACAGUUGUCUGCUGGUGGCAAUGAAAAUAAAGGGCACUCCAUUUACCAGCAAUGUUCUACAACAGGAAUCCCUUCCUCUCAAAGAAAUGAAGAGACUACAGUGGCCCCAGCACGGUUCUGUGAAAGAAUAGACAGAAGUCCACCUGAAGCCCACAACCAGACAUCUGAACAAGAGUCUUCACAACAAAUCUCACUCACAUUAAGCCCGACCGAGGGGGAGGAUAGUUCCAAGUCUGACUUACCUGUACAACGCAAAAGAGGAAGACCACCAAAGAAAGCAAAGACCGCACAAGAGCAAGUGAAACAAAUGCUUCCAUCAUCUUCUGAAAAGGAAAAAGAAGUGAGAACUCUCCGCACAAGAGGGAAGAAAAACAGCACAGAUUCUGCCACUGAGGAUUCAGUGAAUAUCACUUCAUCCAGACUUUCAAAAAGAUCCCCUGUUCAGCCUAAAGGGUCUUCAUCUAUUAUCAGUCCAUCAGAGAAGGGGAGACAAAAAAACGCUCUAGAAGGUGUGGAGAUAGGCAAGGUUGGUUCUCUGAGUUUAUCUUUUAUUGGAAAGUGUUCCUCCCAAAAUGAACAACCAGCUGAGUCCCUACAGCUCUCAGUGGAUAUGGAAGAUGGGACCGUUCAGGCGUCAUCAACUGAAAGCCCUUCUGUUGUAAGAACACAAAACACUCCAAAAACUAAGUUGCUACCAGCACCAUCAGUACAGACAAGAGAACGGCGCACCUCUGUUACUCUUCAGGAUGCAAUGCUAUUAGUUGAAGCCAUGAAUCAGUCAGCAGAAGAAAAUACACUCUGUUCCCCACAACAAAAACCAGCUACAACCAAAACCUUGCAAACCGUGGAGGAGGUGCAAAUUGAGCAGCAAAUAUCACCAAUCAACGUUGAAGCCCAGGAGCCUGCUGAUAAAGUACCUCAAACACAGAUUUCCACAACAACAGAGCUGACAAAAAAGGAACUUAACUCUGAUCUUCAAACUAUAAGUGUCACCGCAACUGGUGAAGUUCUGACUGUCAUACCAGCCAACACUGCUAAAUCUUCAAUGGUAAUAUCAACUGCUGCAACUCAGACAAGCAUAAAGUCACUUCAGCGGCACCCUUCAGGUCACCAGUUAAAAUCAGUAGCAAAUAUUAAAAAAGAUGAAACUGUACCACAGAAAAUAGUUAUGGCAAGUUCAUUAGUCUCCGUGAUACCUCAUAAAUGUGCAGCACCGUCUCCAGCCCUGCUUCCAACUGUUGUGCCAACUGCUGUGGUUGCAGAUGACAAAAGUGAACUACCAAGCUCAACCUCCACAGGUGUACCACCAAAAAAAUCUCCCCUUUCCUCUGUUAUAUCACAGAAGUCACCUCCUGCCAUCAAGUCGAAGUUAACUGACCCCUUAGGAGACUUGCAGUCAGUUUCUCUUCCACACCCUAAAAUAACAAUAAUAAUUCCAAGACAGACCUCAGCUAUAGCUUCAAAGAAACAGUCACAGACGAUGGCUGUUACAACUAUGCAUGAGGCUAAAUCAUCUGAUACAGUUACGUUGUCAUCAUCAACAUCAUCAUCGCUGAUGUCGUCCUCACAGGAUCUCGGCAAGUCAAGAGAUACACAGACUACUUUGGAUGAAGCAGCCACUGUACUGUCAACAAAGAAGACUUCUGAUAACCUGGAAUCCUCUGGACAAAACAUUUCCUUUACUGAGCCAAUAAAAGAACCUUCAGGAAUCAGCUCUAUUUUAGAUGUGUCAUCAGGGCUUGAAUCAACCCAUGAAUCACAAGCAGUACCAUCUUGUGAACAAAAACUUUCUGCAAUCGUCAGACUAACCAGGCUCCAACUUCCAAUCUCAUCCAAAGAUGCAGUUCUAGUGUCAAGUCUGCCUACAAGUGGAGCUUCUGCAUUAAAAUAUUUGUUAAAUGAAGUUUCAUCCUCCAGCAUUUCUUCUACCACUGCAGAAACUUCUGCUGUUAUGCGUCUUCAAACUUCUCAGAUGUCAGACAGACAAAAGAACGUUGAAAUGGAGGCCUCACUAUCCCCUCGAAAAGGCAUCUGUUUGGAAUCCUCUACGUCUUCCUGGCUGUCAGCACAAUUCUGUGUGAAAACAACAGACAUGGACUCUACCGAACCUUUAGAUUUAUCAGUCAUGGCCAGUGAACCCACUACUUCAAAGUUGGAAAACAGAACAGUUUGCAAGCCAGUGCAAGACAAUGACUUACCCAGUGACCCUGAACAAGAGUUACCUUCCACAGAGUUAGAGCCACUUAUCAUAGAGGAGGACGACGAAGAGUCAGCUCCCAUAGAAGCGCCACUUCCCACAGAGGAGUCAGCUCCCGUAGAAGAAGAGCAACUUCCCACAGAGGAGUCAGCUCCCAUAGAAGAAGAGCCACUUCCCACAGAGGAGUCAGCUCCCAUGGAAGAAGAGCCACUUCCCAUGGAAAAAGAGUCACCUGCUGUCAUUCAUCUAAUGCCCAUCAAAUCCAAGGACACAUCGGACCCACAUGUACGAAUGACCAAAACCCAGUUCCUUGCCCAACUAGCUGUGACACCAAUUUUGCAAGACCCAAAACAGCCCUCCAUCAAUGACUCAGUAGAUGCCAACGCUUCCGGUCCCAAAACCUGCACCAGUGACAAGAAACAGUUGGAAAAAAGUAUCCUUGUGGCAAAACUCCGGCGUCACCUCAGAACUCACUUGCAGGCUAGAAACUCUGAGACAAAUCGAGAAUCACGCACAGGAACGGAAAACCCCACUGAAAGGUGUGACAAACCUAGACUAGAGAACGACAAGGCAGAUGAUAAAAGCACACCUGUUGAACCCAUUCCUCUGAGCAAUGAAAAACAAGACACAGUUUUGGAUAAUACAUCCAUAAAGACAACCAGUGACUCCCCUCCUGUCUCCACAAAAAGAUCUAGCAUAAGUAUAGACGGUGUACGAUCCAAGAGAUCUCUGAAGGAACUGUCCCCUGAAAAGUCAAAAUCCACUACUGAAUCCACACCUGUGAGUCUUAAGAGGUCUAUCCCAGACAGAGAUGCCAUUGACUCAAAAAAUAAAAAGUCCUCUCCUGUGAGUGCAAGAAGGUCAAACUCAGCUGGAGAUAGUGCUAUUGCUAAAAAGACCAAAGGAGCUUCUGCUAGUCCUGGGCGGCCUGGUUUGGCUAAAAAAAGUGCAAUUUCUAAAAAGACUAAAAGCACAUCUGUUAGUCCAAGAAGGUCUGCUUCAACUAAGGAAAGUGUUUCUCCUAAAAAGACCAGAAAAACAUCUGUCAGUCCUAAGAGGUCCAGCAAAACUGAAGAAAGUGCUUGCCCUAAAAGUCUCAAAACUACCUCUGUGCGACCUAAGAGAACUAGUUCAACUAGAGAUGGUCCUAGCCCAAAAGGUGACAAAACUGUUGAUCCUAUUAAUUCUGAAACCCCUAAAAGGACUAAAUCUAUUCCUGUUGGCCCUGGGACAUCUAGUUUAAGUAAAAGUGGUUCUAGCCCCAAAAUACCUGCCGAUGACGGUGACUCUCCGAGUAACAUUAAAAGUGGAACUAAUCUCCAUAGUGUCAGUCCUAGUAAGACUUGGGAAUCCACCCCAGCUAAGAAACCCAGAGUAGUUAAAGGUUCUUGUCCAAGUAAGAAUUUAAGAGUUGUCAAUUCUAAGCAGUUCACUAAAGCAGCAAAAGAUAAAAAAGCCCAAAUUCAAAAGCAUCAAUCAGAUCUGCAGAGUGAAGCUGAAACAAGCCAGUUAGCGGAAAACUGUGCUAACACAGAGAAUACAAAGAAAAUGACUACUAAAGCUGUCUGGACUCCUCCUGCAUAUCCAACUAAGAAAAAGGCCCCAGCAGGGAGAAAGAGGGUGCUGCAAUCAUCUGUGAAGAAAGAGACAGAAUCUCAGAAUGAGCCAUCAGUUUACCCUCCCAGUGUUUCCCUUCAUCCCAUACCUAUGAGAGGACAACCUGUUGUAUCACCAUUACAACCACUGUCAGUCAUCGGUUGGCGUCUGCUAAAGAACCAGUGUGGGCAGUGUGGUCGUGUCCUCAGUAGUAGUGCUGCCUUGGAGAGCCAUGUCAGUCUCCACACAGGUCACCGUCCUUUCUCUUGCAGACUUUGCGGUAAAAGCUUUCCAGACUCCAAGGGUCUUAAACGGCAUGGACGGGUGCACCGCAAUGGUAGGAUCCAUGUGUGUCCACGUUGCGGAAAAGGUUUUGUCUACAGUUUUGGCCUCACAAAGCACCUCCAGAUGGUGCAUGGCAGGAUUAAACCAUUUGUCUGCCAGAUCUGUAACAAAGGAUUCUUCUCGAAGCGAGAUGUGGAAGCCCACAUACGGAUUCACACAGGAGAGAAACCCUUCCAUUGCAACCUCUGUGAAAAAAAAUUUGCAAGGAGGACAGAACUAAAUAUGCAUUUGAGGUGGCAUAAUGGGGAGAAGAGACAUUGGUGCCCAUAUUGUGGGAAAGGGUUUUUAGACAUCAAUAACCUGAAAAGACACAAAUAUAUUCACACGGGAGAGAAACCACAUUCCUGUCCACACUGCCCUAAGAGUUUCACACAGUCAGGGCACCUAAAAAAGCAUGUGAAGAACGUGCAUAAAAUUGUAUAAGAGAUAGGCAUCUAUAACGUCAUGCUCUUUUGUAUAUAUGCAUUUUUAGUAAGUGUGGGGAAAUCUAAAGUCUUAUGCAUCUUAGACAAAUUGAAUAUUGUUGGAUUUUUUUCCCAUUGAUUUAUUCAAAAAGUGGUUUCAUUGCACAUACAGUGAAGUAAUAGAAAAAAUAUUACAAACUUUUUUUGUUUAAUUUUGAUGAUUAUGGCUUACAGCUCAUGAAAUAUAAGCAUACUACAUAAGACCAAUUAAAAAGGCUUUUUAAAACAGAAAUGUCAACCAGAUCAAGGCCACUAGCUGAAUGUGUAUGUCAAUAUAAAGUCAUUCUCUGAACUUCUACUAUUAGUGAAGCAUUGUGGUAGAAUAUUUCAUAGGCAAAAUAAACAGAACGGGUAUGCAUCUGGUUUGUGCUUUUAUAAGAAGAAGCAUGGUUUCGCAUUUCCUUUAAGAACCUUACUUCAUUUGUACAGAAUGCUUUUAUUCUGAAUUUCUUUUCUGGCUCAGUUUGGCUAUACAGUUAAUCAAGUUUCUGUAAGAAAGGUUUAUUAAGAUGAGACUUAUGAAGAAAGACGGGGCUGUGGCAGGAGGGGACCCAGCCAACAUGUAGCACACAUGCACGUUAUAAGAGCAAUGACGGUGCCUGCCACAAGGUGGCUACAUGCAGCGAACGCACUGCAAGUCUGAGCCACAGCCAUCAAGAUUAGACAAAAACGGCUUGUAAUAUAUCACAUUGUGUGAUAUAAAUCUGGAAUUCACACGCUUUAUGGUAUUCUUGCACCUGUUCAUUGAGGAAAAAAGCUCUGAAGGGAUCAUUUGGGCUUUUCUUUUUUCUUUUUUUUUUCCAGUGCAAUUUUAUUUGUGAAGUUAAUGUGAAUUGAGACAAGGAACUUAUGUUGAGCUGAUUAAAUGAUUAUUUAAUCGUAAUGAAGUUUAAGAGUGUAGGUAGUUCUUGCUGAGGUUGGAAGAGGAUGUGUGCAUGCUGAGUUUUGAAAAGUUCUUUGGCCAUGCAAAAAAGACUAGGAGAUUUUUAACAUGUUUUGACACCAUUAGACUGUGUUUCGCUCUUACCCAUUGUUAUGUGCUGCUAAUGUUUGUCCUCUGAUUCAAGCGCCAGUUAUGAGCACAGUCACCAUUGUACAAAGAGUAGGUUGGCUGCUUUAAAAAGGUAGGCACAAGUUGACCUAUAAAAUUUAGUCAAAAUAAUUAUGACCUUGUAUUUUCAGAUUGCACUUAAACAUUAUUGAACACUCAGUACGCUUACAUGCAUAGCAAAGUCAGAUCAGAUUGGUUAUAGGUCAGUUAGGCAAUUUAACUGGACUACUGUCUUUGUCCAAUAAAAAAAACGCAGAGCGGGAGAAUCAAAUUAUUGACAGGAGCAUGUCUGACUUCGCUAGGGUAGAUGGUGGUAUGCGCUCUUUUAGGUAGUUACUUUGGACCUUUUCCUUCUGACCUUGCUAACAUGGCAGUAAGCAGUGAACUGGUUUUAUGUCAUGCUGUGAAACCCUGAGCACACUUAACAGCUUUGUGCAUAUUGUAUGCAUGCUGAGUUUAUCUUUUGGUUUGGUUUUGUUUUUUUCUGGGGGGGGACAAAUGAGAAAGGCAUACCCCUAGCUAAUGCUGAUACACAACAACACAACGUGUGCAACAUUUAGCAUUUAUACCAUUCAUUUUCCAGGUCAAAACCCAGCGAGAACACCAGUCAAGUUCAGGUCAGAUUAGGUAAAUUGAUCUCCAACUGCUGAAUAUCUGUGUGAUCUUUAAAGUCAGAGUUGUGAUAUUCAGUUUACUAUGAUCUAUACUAUCUAUCUUACUAUGAUCUACUAUGUUUACAUAUGUGUUAAAGGUCUAAUUUUAGUUGACCUAACACAAUAAACUGACUUUAUUAAUGAAUGUAAAAGUACUGAGUGUCUUCCUUGAAUAAUUUUGUAGUUGUAUUGUUGAUUCGCAGAAUUUGGUAGAAUCUUUUUGUUGCUAAAAUUUAAGGUUAGUAGGAAUCACACACAACUUGUUUCAGUGGUGUUAAGAGCCAUGUUCUGGACAUGAACCCUUCUGCAUGCCCAAGAUAUUGCCCAAUUUUCUUUCAUAAUUAGAUUUCUGUUGUUCACAAAAAGAACUAGUAGAGUAGUGCAAGCAGAUGGAAAUGUCCGAUUGUUUACUGUUGUAAUGUCACUUAAAUUUGUAAAUUUGACUUGUUGCAAACUGACCUAAAAAAUCCAGGAAAUGUGAUGGUUAAUUUUCUCUCUUAUUUAUGUUUGAAUGACAGUUGAAAAUCCACAGAAAUUAGAUUUGUUGAUUUUCUCAGAAAGCGCUGCAAUCUUGAUGUUGAAAAGACAUUUUCUGUAAAUUGCCUCCAAACAACAACUGUACAUGUUUGAUCACAGUGGGCAUAAAGAAUAUUUUUAGUCUGCAAGACAUUAACCAUCAAAAUGUUUUUUCAUCAUUUGUAACUCAUAAAUAUUCCAUGUUGUAAAAACAGUUGACUCAUUAUUUUCCUUUAAAUAUUAAAUUUUCCU